UGUAAAAGGUCCACCAGGACCUCAAUGGCAGUACGGCAGAACGGCGUGGACAUCCUGCUCUGCAGCCAUGGGAAAGGGACAUGAGCUUCACCCUGACUUGGAACAACCUGAAAACCAUAUAGUCUGAAAUGAACUUCAAAAGUCAAACUAGAUAGAAGAAUAGAAGAUCAUCCAUGGAAAUCAUCUUCUAUGAAGGCUCCAACUUCCAGGGGCGCUCCUAUGAGUGCUCUGCUGACUGCACUGACACCUUUAGAUGCUUUAACUGUUGCAACUCCAUACGGGUCAUGGGGGGUCACUGGGUGGCCUACGAGAAGCCCCACUAUAUGGGGUAUCAGUACGUCCUGGGCCGUGGGGAGUAUCCUAACUUUCACCACUGGAUGGGCUUCAACAGUUGUAUCAGAUCUUGUCAGAUGUUCUCCCCAUACAGAGGUGCCUACCGCAUGAGAAUCUACAACAGACCUGAAAUGUACGGACACAUGAUGGAGUUCACAGAUGACUGCCCCAAUGUCUACAACCGUUUUGGCUACCACGGCAUCUACUCCAGUAACUGUAUGGAGGGCUACUGGACCUUUUACGAGCACCCCAAUUACAGAGGCCGUCAGUAUUUCCUGCGGCCCGGAGAGUACAGAGCCUGCAGCGAAUGGGGUUGCAUGAAUCCCAUGAUUGGCUCCUUUAGGAGAAUGAGGAGCAGUUUAAUGUAAACGGUAUCUUUUUUAUGACCAUUAAAGACGUUAAAAC